CCCAGUGGCUCUCCGGCAAAUACGUGUCCAUCACUACGGGCAAAAUGGUAAUUUCGAUCCACUCUGUCCUCCAAUCACCUCUGAACAAGCCGCCUCAUGACUCAGUCCCCUCCCUCACUCCCACACCAAUAGAAAUACAAACGCCUCUGAGAGACUUAAUCCACACGCCAUUGCUGUGGGAGACAACACCCCAUUCCAGGUUUUUUUAAAUAAAAAAAAAAAAAAAGCAAGAGAGAGAAAGGGAAAACUAGAGAGAGAAAGUGAGACCCAGAGAAGAAACCGCCUGGAAAUGGUUUUUCUUCCUUUGCUAUUACUGCGUCCUCUCCUUCUCUGAGUUCUUCACUGUAGCCGUCGUCUUCGCAGCUGAUUCAGUGACUUUGAGUUCAAACUGCUAAAAAUGCUGGAGUACGAGUGGGGAAAUCCGUCGCCGGUCAUGCUCUCUGGCGACGAACCCACCCAGGAUUCCGAUCAAAGUCGCCAGAUAUUCGACCACUACGCGCAGAGCUUCAACGACGGCGGCCUCGUGCCCAAUGCCGCCGCUGCUGCCGCGGCCUUCUCCCACCAACACCAGCCGCACCACUUUCACCCUCAGCAGCAGCACGGCCAAGCGCACAUCCACCAUUACUACGACCCGCGAGCGCUCUACGGCGCGUCUCCAUACGCGCCGCCGCACCCUGGGAUGCUCAGCCUGGACGCGGUCGCUGGGGGGUCGGGCGGCGGCGGGGGGUUCGUGAUGGUGCCGAAGAGCGAAGAGGUGUCGUCGCAUACGGCUGUGGACUUCACGGCGCGCCUGGGGCUGAACCUGGGGGGGCGGACUUACUUCUCCGCCGACGACGACUUCGUGAGCCGGCUCUACCGCCGGUCGAGACCGGCGGAGCCUGGGUCGGCGAACUCGCCGAGGUGCCAGGCGGAGGGGUGCAAUGCGGAUCUGACGAACGCGAAGCACUACCACCGGCGCCACAAGGUGUGCGAGUACCACUCCAAGGCCGCCACCGUCAUGGCCGGCGGGUUGACUCAGCGAUUCUGCCAGCAGUGCAGCAGAUUCCAUCUUCUCUCCGAGUUCGACAACGGGAAGCGAAGCUGCCGGAAAAGGCUGGCGGAUCACAACCGGCGACGGCGGAAAUCCCAUCAGCCUAAUAAUCAGGAUCAUCACCACAAACCCCAGCUCAUCGAAACUCAUGCCCGCAACUCUUCUUCUGAACCCAGCUUUGCAAGGUCUCCGGCGGACUCCGGAGCGCACUCGUCGUCCUCGGUGACGGUGGCCAUAUCGCCGCCGCGAAUGUCGUUGGAUUGUUUCAGGGGAAGACCGUACCAAGCGACGACGGCAUCAUCGUCGGCGUCGUCGAGCUCCAUUUUUUUCUCCACCGGGUGACUUUGUUAAUUAAUUUCCGGCCGGAAGAUGGCAGAAGAGCAAUGGCCAGAAUAUCAGAAGCUGGAGCUUAAUUAAGUAGAAAUAACUAAAAAUCUUAAGAACGUACGUUUAGCUAAGUAGCUAGCUAGGCAGGGAUGGAGAGGUACCAUCUUAAUUUGACGUUAACGUUGAACCUGUAAUUUUCUUGAUUAGCUUAAGAUCGAUUCCGAUGUACGUACCCAAGCGUCGAUUAAUUAAUUUUUCCUUGACGGAAAAAGGGUUAAUCAUUUCCGCUUAAUUAUGUGUAACUUAUUCAUGUUUGAAAAUUAAAUGUUGUGGGAAAAAUUGAAAA